UCCUUUGUGGCGCGAGCGAGUUUUGAAACUUUCUGCCGCCUUGGUAGUGAACGAAAUCUGGCCCUCUAGAAAGGUCUGAGGGCUUCAAGCACACAACACUACAUUCUUCGAGACUUUGCCGUCACAACUGUGCAUGAUUGCAUGGUCGUCCCUUCUUUCCGUUACUAUAUAGUGGCCGUGAAUUCUGUGAGAGAGGGUACAGGGGACACCUGCACAAGCAUUGGAUUUUGCCCUGCAACAUCUGAAAGGUACCGUCCAGACACCUGAAGUGCUCUCUCCCAGAAGCAGGCUAUGAGCCAAGGGGAAGGCAGAGGACAGAAAUGAAUGUGCUCCCAAGCUUUUCUGGUGGUGUAUGGCAUUCUCCAAACUCCUAUGCAAGCGCCGUUCCUGACCAAGAAGACCCAAGGAGACCAUCUCUGAAAUCAAGUCCAGAUGAAGAUUUUGCAUGAACAGUAGAGAGAGGGGAGAAGUUCAGUAUUAUUAAAUCUGGAGCUGCAUCCCUCCUACGCAGGACUCUACUAAGUGGCAGUAGGAACUGAAAGGAAACAAGUGAGUAUGGUUUUCGCUCACAGAAUGGAUAACGGCAAGCCGCCCUUGGUUAUUCCCACGCUGCUGGUGCCCCUGCAAAACCACAGCUGUGCGGAAACAGCCUCCGCCCUGCCACGCCACGAGCGGACGGCGUUCCACGAGGAGCGCGGCUGGAGGAGCAACACAACAGACCUGCAGCCUGGGCUGAAACCCGGCGAAGUGGCCACAGCCAGCAUUUUCUUUGGGGCCCUGUGGUUGUUUUCUGUCUUUGGCAAUUCCCUGGUUUGUUUGGUCAUCCACCGGAGUAGGAGGACUCAGUCCACCACCAACUACUUUGUGGUCUCCAUGGCAUGUGCUGACCUUCUCGUCAGCGUGGCCAGCACGCCUUUCGUCCUGCUUCAGUUCGCCACUGGCAGGUGGACGCUGGGCAGCGUGAUGUGCAAGGUUGUGCGCUAUUUCCAGUAUCUCACUCCCGGUGUCCAGAUCUAUGUUCUCCUCUCCAUCUGCAUAGACCGGUUCUACACCAUUGUCUAUCCCCUGAGCUUCAAGGUGUCCCGAGAAAAAGCCAAGAAAAUGAUCGCGGCUUCAUGGAUCUUCGAUGCCGCCUUUGUGACCCCCGUGUUCUUUUUCUUUGGCUCCAGCUGGGACAGUCACUGCAACUAUUUCUUCCCUUCCUCCUGGGAAGGAACUGCCUAUACCAUCAUCCAUUUCUUGGUGAGCUUCGUCAUGCCGUCUGUCCUCAUCAUCUUGUUUUACCAGAAGGUCGUGAAGUACAUUUGGAGAAUAGGCACUGAUGGCCGAACAGUGAGGAGGACCAUGAACAUUGUCCCAAGGACAAAAGUGAAAACGAUCAAGAUGUUCCUCAUUUUAAAUCUGUUGUUUUUCCUCUCCUGGCUGCCUUUCCAUGUGGCUCAGCUGUGGCACCCCCAUGAACGAGACUCUAAGAAAAGUUCCCUUGUUUUCACAGCCAUCACGUGGAUAUCCUUUAGUUCUUCGGCCUCUAAACCUACGCUGUAUUCCAUCUAUAAUGCCAAUUUCAGGAGAGGAAUGAAAGAGACUUUUUGCAUGUCCUCAAUGAAAUGUUACCGAAGCAAUGCGUAUACUAUCACAACCAGUUCAAGGAUGGCCAAAAAAAACUACGUUGGCAUUUCAGAAAUUCCUCCCACGGCCAAAACUAUAACCAAAGACUCGAUCUAUGAUUCAUUUGACAGAGAAGCCAAGGAAAAAAAGCUUGCUUGGCCCAUUAAUUCAAAUCCACCAAAUACUUUUGUGUAAUUUCGCAGAAUUCUUUCAAUUAUUGUUAUGUGCCAGAGAUUAAAAAGCUUUAACUCUAAAAACAGGAGCUUUUUAAAUGUUUUUUUUUUUAAUCAACUUUCUGAGGGAAAUGUUUUAUGCUGCAAAAUGCAUUUAAUUAUUGAUUAUCAUUUCUGUGGUUUUAUUUUGGUUGCUUUUGGUUUUAGAGGAAGCUUUCACCUUGAGCUAUGGUUGGUAAUCCU